AUGACAGAGCAGCAUAUUUCGCAAGCUGUGAAAUCAUACCAUCUUCUAAAAUCCAACCUCGGGGCAGGAGUUCUUCUAUACUUAUCCGCCGCUUGCAUUCGGCUACUACCACCACCGGAUUUCUCAGCGUUCACUGUUGUCGCCAAAAUCUUCUGCGUCUCAGUGAGCCACCAAUACUGCUGGGACAUCGUUAACCAGCUUACCUCGGUUGAUGAAGACCGAAUCAACAAGCCUAAAAGGCCCAUCCCAGCCGGCCGUCUCACUGUAAUAGGAGCCAAAUGGAGAUGGUUUAUCAGUUGGACUAUAUCUCCUGCUAUCUGCUACACCCUUCUUGGCGGCGAAGCCUUGGUCAUAUUUCUCUUGUCUGAAGCCUUGAUUUACAUAUGCUACGUAUGGCCUAGACUUGAUCACUGGGCAUCCCGCAAUACCUUCCCAGCCCUUUGGACAUUCCUCUCAUUCCGCCUUUUGAACAGUGUCGUCUGCAAAACCUACCCACAACUAUCAGCACAGCCAAAGGUGGAUGUGAUUCUCUCGCUAUGGGUCCUCGGAACUAUUCAUAUUCAGGAGUUUCAUGAUAUCGAUGGCGAUCGGAAGAUAAAGCGCAGAACACUUCCUGUGCUUUGUUCAAGUGCUUCUUCUAUGAAGAUGCUGAGGGGCAUCACAGCUGGCCUGAUUGCUGCUAGCGGGUUGUUUGUGGUCCUGUGGGGAUGGAUACAGUGCCUUGGGUCUUUCGACUUGCGGAGUUUUGGCCUGGUGAUUACGGGAAUAUUCCAUCUUCUCGGUGCGUUGGCGGUUGGUGUUCGUUGUGUUUUUGCGACGUCGGUGGGUAUGGAUGAGAGAACUGAUUUUUCCUGGGUGCCAAUAUAUGCUGACCAACUAGGUCUGGGCCACAUCUGCGAGCCUCAAAAGCCCGGAAGACCUGCCUCUGAAGUCCCGUCGCUAGCUUAUCGCCGACCUAGGGCUUCCCGAUCGCGCGGUGGAUGUACCUCAUGCAAGGCGCGGGAGAAGUCUUCGUCACCAGCCCUCGCCUCUCCGCAGCCGUCGCCUACGUCUUCCUCUUCCGAAAUUGCUCACGAACCCAUCCUAUCUUCCGUUUCGGAUCCAGUCUCAAAGAUCGGUCCGAUUUCUCCUUCAGAGAAUCUGUUAUCAUCCGUCAGCGAUGAUCUGCUAUCUCCAUUCUCGCCCCUCUGGAUUGAUGUGGAGAUGAUCCUCGGACCCAUUCAGUCUCCAGAUGGCACAUUUAAUCCCCAUCUCCACAAUGACGACGAUCGUAGUCUAUUCAAUCACUAUGUACAUAUCGUGUCACGAGCACUAUCACGUUCCACAACUACUGACUCCAUGACCAACCCAUUUCUAGCAACUCUGCUACCCAUGGCCGCCGCAUCGGAGACGCUAACUAGCGUCAUACUGGGCCUUAGCGGCUGCCACUGGCGGCGCAUCUAUCCCCAAAUUUGGGACCGUGCCCUAGCGCGUCAAGGAAAAGCCUUAGCACAAGUGAGCAACUUACUCCGUCGACCGAACCAAAACAGCCAAUCAUUCCUCGAGGCCUGUGCCACCAUUCUCCUGCUCUGUCUCACAGAGCUAUUCGAAGGCACCUCUCGCGUCUGGAAAUGGCAUCUCAAAGCGGCAGGGAACCUUCUUAGCACUGCAGCAGCUGCCACCGAUCUGCACCGCCUGUCAUCAACCCCAGAAGGAAACUUCUGUCUCCAACUCUUCCACUACCUCGACGCCAUGUCCACCAUAUCCCGCUGCAAACCGCCAUUAUUACGCGCAGUACCCCUCGGAGAUAACUCCGUCUCCGGAAUUCCCCCACCCCUACUAGAAUACCUCGGCCGGGUCAACCUCCUCGCCGCCCACCGCAGCCGACGCGUCGACGACCUCUCCGAGAUCGGAUUCCGAACAGCCGCUGCGCACGUACGCGCACAGCUCGAUACCUGGCGAGUGGAUUACGAUGCGACCAGCACUGCUCUGGUAAACAGCGACGCGAACAGAGCAACAACAGCCUUCGAAUGGGCGAUUCGAUUACGACUACAUCAGAUCGUAGACGGCUAUGAUCCAAACCAUGCAGACGUGGAGAAUGCUCUCUCUCACAUUAUGACAGCUGUGCUGGCAAUCCCUUAUGGUAGUCCUGUGGAGGGUAGUCUGCUGUUUCCGUUGGUGAUUGCUGGCGCUAGUUGUAGGGAUAGCAUGGAGCGGAGGAUGGUUGUUAAGGAGCGGUUGAUAGUGAUGGAGAACACGUUGGGGUUUGGACAUAUCUCGCAUGCGAGACGGUUACUGGAGACAGUGUGGGCUGAUGAGGGCGGGGAUGGGAAUUGGGCGAGAAUAAGGUAUAGUUCGUUUCCUGGGGUGGUGUUUGUUUAG